UGAAUUCAAUUGCUUCCAUCCACUCUCAUUUUCACACAAAAUUUCCGGGAAAAUUCAUUUCCUUUCCUUUCCCUCUCUUUCUUUCUUCUACCCAUUUGAAAGGGCUUCCGCGCCAGACCCAGACCCAGAUUAUAGAUAACAAUUUUUACCUCUUCCACCUUAAUUCAUUGUCCAGCCCUAAUUUUCUUAACAAUAUGCCGAGGGAGAUCAUCACUCUGCAAGUUGGACAAUGUGGGAACCAGAUCGGCAUGGAGUUCUGGAAGCAGCUCUGCCUCGAGCAUGGAAUCAGCAAAGAUGGCAUUCUCGAAGAUUUUGCUACUCAGGGAGGUGACCGGAAAGAUGUAUUCUUCUAUCAAGCUGAUGAUCAGCACUACAUACCAAGAGCUUUACUUAUUGACCUGGAGCCCAGAGUCAUCAAUGGUAUUCAAAAUAGUGAAUAUCGAAAUCUCUACAACCACGAGAACAUCUUUGUUUCAGAUCAUGGUGGUGGUGCUGGAAAUAACUGGGCUAGUGGAUAUCAUCAGGGAAAGGGUGUUGAAGAGGAUAUAAUGGACAUGAUUGACAGAGAAGCAGAUGGAAGUGACAGUCUCGAGGGUUUUGUUCUAUGCCAUUCAAUUGCUGGAGGAACAGGAUCAGGCAUGGGUUCAUAUCUCUUGGAGACUCUGAAUGAUCGCUACAGCAAAAAACUGGUUCAGACGUACAGUGUUUUCCCUAACCAGAUGGAAACAAGUGAUGUUGUAGUCCAGCCUUACAACUCACUUCUGACUCUCAAGCGGCUAACACUCAAUGCUGAUUGUGUUGUUGUUCUUGAUAAUACUGCCUUGAAUAGAAUAGCUGUAGAACGCCUUCAUCUAUCAAAUCCAACCUUUGCGCAAACAAACUCCUUGGUGUCUACAGUAAUGUCAGCUAGCACAACCACUUUGAGAUAUCCAGGAUACAUGAACAAUGAUUUGGUUGGUCUCCUGGCCUCUCUAAUUCCAACACCAAGAUGUCACUUUCUAAUGACAGGAUACACUCCACUAACGGUUGAGCGCCAGGCUAACGUUAUAAGGAAAACCACUGUCCUGGAUGUGAUGAGAAGACUUCUGCAGACAAAAAAUAUUAUGGUCUCCUCUUAUGCUCGAACAAAAGAGGCUAGUCAAGCGAAAUACAUAUCAAUAUUGAAUAUCAUACAGGGAGAAGUGGACCCUACACAGGUUCAUGAAAGUUUGCAGAGGAUACGUGAACGGAAGCUCGUGAAUUUCAUUGAGUGGGGCCCUGCCAGUAUCCAGGUUGCACUCUCACGAAAAUCACCAUAUGUACAAACUGCCCAUAGGGUGAGUGGUCUUAUGUUAGCUAGCCAUACCAGCAUCCGGCACCUCUUCAGCAAGUGUUUGAGCCAGUAUGAGAAGUUGAGAAAAAAGCAAGCUUUUCUUGAUAACUAUCGGAAGUUCCCAAUGUUUGCUGACAAUGACCUCUCAGAGUUUGAUGAAUCAAGGGAUAUAAUUGAAAGUUUGGUUGAUGAAUAUAAGGCUUGCGAAUCUCCAGAUUAUAUCAAAUGGGGAAUGGAGGAUCCUGACCAAAUUCUUACAGGAGAAGGAAAUGCAUCCGGGACAGCAGACCCAAGUUUAGCCGUCUAAAUAGGUGAAUAAGGUCAUGGUACUGCUUGUAUUUAUACUAUCUGAAAAUACAGAUUCUCCCUGUAUUGCUUCUUUAAAUUAGGGGCCAGACUCCCACUAUUCUAAUCCAUACCCGAUCCUUUUAGGUCUUCCUUUUGCCUUUUGCGUCAAUGGGGUUGUCUUCUUUUCUUGUUUAUAUGUUUUGGGAGGGUUUGUGUGGUGAAGAGUGAGGGUUGUGACAUCAUAGUUGAGAACUGCCAUUGUUCAUCCUACCAUCCACAUGUGGUAGGCCUUCUUACUUUAACAUUGCAUGUGGUGGGAUUGUAUUGCCAUUUUCUACAGACCCCAUCUCUGAUUGAGAGUCUGAGUUGAACUGCAUCUUCAAGUUGUCAACAAUGUUUGAGAAUUAUUCCAUUGUCACUUGCAGAUCACUGGCUUUCUGUUCCAACUAAAAACAUUCGGUUAGAAAAUGAAUGCCAGGUAUUUUACGUA